AUGGUCACGGUAAGGCUAUGGCUAAUAUCACUGCUAGCUAUACAUGUUGUAAAUGGUGAAACGAUAAGGAGGGAAAGAAAGCGAGAAAAGGAAAGCAAACACGAAUCGAUUCAACUUCGAACACGAUGGUUUAUGCAUGCGGCGCAAAAUGCAAAGGCGUCUGCAGCUGGAUUUGAUACCGAAGAUGAGACAUUAAUGCUACAGUUCGAAGCAAUGAUUGAAGAGAAUAUGAGUAUCGCUACGGCGAGUCCAUCUGCUGCAAGUAUUGCCCCCUCGCCCACAACGAGAAUAAGUAGUUUUCCAACUACAUUGCCGUCAGAAGGAGGAAUGACACCAUCUCCCACCAAGUCUCCAUCCGAAGUACCAAGUUCAACAACAGCACAGCCUAGCGAAUCUCAGUCAGCAUCACCCUCUGAAGGUGUAAUGGAUGGCACACCCAUCGGGGUUCCUAUGAAUUCUCCGACAAGUAUACCAAGCCUUCGUAGUGGCGUUCCCACACUUUCUCCUAGUCUGUCGCUCCCGGAGGUACCAUCAGCCUCUCCUAGUGUCAUUCCAACAUCAAGUUCAACAACUCCAUGCAACAUGUCUCCUCAAAAUCGUGCAGAUAGCAUGCUGGCUCUAAUCAAUGUCAUAUCUAGGCAAAAUGAUGUUAUUCGGGGCGGAAGUCCGCAGAACUUGGCUGCAAAUUGGAUCAUCAAUGGCGACGAAGCAAAACUGUGUCCUCAAGAUGAUACCUGGAUUCAGCGCUACAUUAUGGCAGUCUUUUACUACAGUACCAAUGGUAAUCGCUGGUUUCAAUGCCAAUCACCGAGUGAUACAGGACUAUCAAUUUCUGAGGCAAAUGAAGCAUGUAACCUAACUAGUACAUCAGCGGAAGGUACUUAUGCCUGGUUGACUCCAGACAGCGAAUGUCUAUGGGCUGGAAUCACGUGUGAUGAUAGUGAAAAUACCAUUGAACAGCUUGCAAUUGAAUCGAAUGGCGUAAGUGGCACAAUACCCUUUGAAAUACGAAGCCUUCAAUCUUUGGUGAACUUGUCGCUGGAACGGGGUAUAAUAACUGGUACCAUCCCAGAAGAUGUUGGAUUCAUAAGGGGUCUCGAAACACUCGAUCUUGAUAAUAACAUAAUUGAAGGGACGAUUCCGUUGUCCAUUUAUCGAUUGACGAACUUGCAGCAGCUUGAUUUGGACCAAAACGAGCUUCAAGGUACCAUCAGCCCUACAAUCGAAAGGAUGACUAAUCUACGACUACUGCAACUGAACAGUAAUAAUCUCAGUGGCACGAUUCCGACAGAGCUUGGAAAACUACCGAACCUCAGUGUUGCUACAUUCGAACGGAAUCAAAUGGAUGGUACAAUGCCUAGCGAAGUAUGUGCCAACGUCGACGUAUUGAGUACACUUACCACUGACUGCUUGGGUGCUCCAAAUCGACCAUCUCCGCCUUUUGUUGCUUGUUCCUGUUGCUCUGGAUGCUUCUAA